ACAUAACAUGGCCGCUUUCAUAAUAAUUUUGCCUUUGACUUACCUAUAGCUUGUUGUGUUCUUUUUGCCAUAUUCCGGGGCCCACAUUUCUCUUAAACUUGCUCGGAUGAAAGCUCUACAGAAUGCCCAAAUACUACGAGGAUAAAGAGGAAGACGGCCGAGCCUGCGCUGGAGUGAGAGAAGAUUUCAAAGCCUGUCUCCUUCAGCAUGACUGUGUACUGAAGGAGGGUAAGAAGCCCAGCGAGUGCCUGAAGGAAGGACAUUGCAAAGGCUUGCAAGUGGCUUUCUUUGAGUGCAAGAGAUCCAUGCUGGACAACAGAUCUCGAUUCCGAGGCAGAAAAGGAUACUGAGUAACACCUUCAAUGUGAAUAACAUGUUUUGUAUCAAAAUGCCAAGACAUGCUCUCAGUUGUGUAAAUAUAAUGCUUUUUAAGCAAACCUGUCUUGUGAAAAACAAAUGACUCGUGAUGCAGUUCAUAAAAAAAAAAAAUACAGUAAGCUAAUUCCA